AUGGGUUCAGCCAGGCGAGGUGACGCGCCAUCAGAAACAAAACACCAACAACACCAGCACGACGCCGAAAAAAAUAUCAACAAUCAAUCGGAAGGAAACGGCGUCUUUAUAGAUCUUGUCCAAAAAAAAAUAGGUCCGCCGAAAAAAAAACCAUUAGGACCACACACAACAAGCCUCUUCAGUAAUCCUCCUGGGCUGGGACCUGCAGGCGCCCAUCGAACUCAUGUACAAGUUCUCCGGGUUCGUAUGUUCGUAAAAACCCAGAUUAAAUUCUAUACACAUCCGAAACUCGCAAAUCACAUCCCCAAAUGA